AUGCCACCAGGCCAGAAUAUCAUAGAACCAACUCCGGCCGGCACAGCUACUAGUGGGAGGCCGAAACGAUCCCACGGAGCAAGCAAACCAACUCAUGACGAAGUUACGCAGAGGACAAGAAGGCUCUUGGAAUUGAAAGUCAUGCACCAUUGGUGUUCGAGUACGUGCAACAGCUUCACAAAACAGGUCGGCGAUGCUCUGCGAGACUAUAUCAUCCAAGAAGCCUUGCGAUACGAAUAUCUUAUGGAAGCCGUUCUUGCGCUGACAUCGCUACAAAUCGCGAGUCGGACUGAUGACAUCAAAAUUGCUAACGAGUACCUGAGUGCAGCACUGCACUAUCAGCACCAAGCUGUAAGCGGCCUGCGGAGUUCUCUCGAUGCUCUUUCUCGGGAAAAUUGUGAUGCUGCCUUCAUCUCCUCGAUGCUCAUUAUGGUAUGCGCCAUUGCGUCGCCUUUACUUCAGAGCAAAUGCAAGCAGCAAAAUCAAUCCACUGCGGAGGCGAUGCUGAGACUGGUCGACUUUCUGAAGGGCAUCAAAUCUAUUCUCGACGUGAGUCGGGAAUGGCUCAGCGAAGGCCCACUCAGCUGCAUCCUCGACGCUGAGAUCAGGCUUUCCACACCGUCGCUUUGCUUUCCUCGAGAAGAGAUGCGUCACUUGAUCAGUGCGCAGAGCAGCGGUCAAAUGCGCCCCGUCUUUGACCACGCCAUCGACACGCUGGAGCAAGCCGCUCUCAGGGGAAGAUUGGUAGUUUCCUGGAUAGCCGCGGUCAAGCCUACAUUUCUGGAGGCCUUGAAGAACGGUAAUAGCCUUGCACUAGCUAUCUUCAUGCAGUGGGGUGUACUUCUGGACCGAUCCGACGGCAUGUGGUGGGCUGAGUUUUCCGGACGGCGUUUAGUAGACGAGAUCGCGGGUGCACUUGACCCAAGGGGGGAUGAAUGGAUGAGCAUUACGAAAUGGUGCCGAGAAAACGUUGGUUUGCAUCAAUGA